CGCCGCGGGGAGAUGUUCUAGCUGCGAAGAAACCAGGAAAAAAGAAAAAGAUUUGGGUUAUCUAUUAAGGGAGGAAUCUCAAAAAUUGCUGGCGAAGCUCCCUUUUCGUGUUUCUCAUCUCCUCCAGCAAGAGAUCCGAUCCUCUCUGCUCUGUAUUGAUUCAUUCCUUCAAAUCGAACUUUUUCCAGUUCAAAAGCUCUUCUAAAAAAGUUUUAGAAUUGCAUCAUAGAGGAGCCCGUCACGGUGGUGGGCGUGUUGUAUUAGCAUAGCUUCUUCUGGCUCCGAUGGCUUCGGCGAAGUCGUCCCGAUCUAGGGCUUUGGGGCCCUCUGGCCUGGCGUCCUCGGGGAUUCAGCAUCUCGGAGGAUCGAUUCCUGGAUCCCAGGAGAGCGGUGUGCAGCUUUCCGAUAAGCUAAAGAUAUUCAAGUCCGACAAUUUUGAUCCCGAUGCCUACAUGCAGUCGAAGUGCCAGAGCAUGAACGAGAAGGAAAUAAGACACAUGUGUGCAUAUCUGCAAGAUCUAAAAAAGGCUUCCGCAGAAGAAAUGCGCAAGAGUGUUUAUGCUAAUUAUGCAGCAUUCAUUAAGACAUCAAAAGAAAUAUCAGAUCUUGAAGGUGAACUUCUUUCCAUUAGAAAUCUGUUAUCCUCUCAAGCCGCUUUAAUUCAUAAUUUAGCUGAAGGGGUUCAUGUUGAGUCUUUAUCUGAGGAUUCUAAAAAUGCUAAGGAGGAUAAUAUAACAAAAAUUGAUGAUCGAGAGCCUUCUGAGUUAGAAAAAUGGUUGCGAGAACUUGGUGAUAUACUUGAUGUUUUGCUUGCUGAAAGGAGAGUAGAGGAAGCUUUGGAUGCCUUGGAUGAAGCCGAACGAAUUGGCUCAGAUGCGAAAGAGAACCAGAUGCUGAGUUCAACUCAACUUUUGUUGCUAGAGAAUACUAUCAUCGAGCAUCGUCAGAAGUUAUCGGAUCAACUCGCUGAAGCAGCAUGUCAAUCAUCUACUCGUGGAGUGGAGCUUCGUGCGGCUGCCUCAGCUCUUAAAAGGCUCGGGGAUGGACACCGCGCCCAUAGUUUAUUGCUAAAUGCGCAUUACCGUCGGCUUCAGUAUAACAUGCAAACCAUUCAUCCAACAAGCACAUCCUAUGGAGGAGCAUAUACUGCCGCACUAUCGCAGCAAGUUUUCUCUGCCAUUGCUCAAGCUGUGAAUGAUUCUUUGGAAGUCUUCGGUGACGAUUCAGCAUAUUCAUCAGAACUUGUGACGUGGUCAGCAAAACAGGCGGAGGAUUUCGCACGUCUUGUAAAGAGACACGUGUUAGCUUCAUCUGCAGCUGCUGGAGGUCUAAGAGCUGCCGCGGAAUGUGUCCAAAUAGCCAUCGGACAUUGUUCGUUGCUGGAAGCUCGCGGGCUCUCCCUUUCUUCCGUUCUUCUGAAACUUUUCAGGCCCAGUGUUGAACAAGCAUUGGAAGCAAAUUUAAAGCGAAUUGAAGAGGGAACGGCAGCGCUGGCAGCUGCAGAUGAUUGGAUUCUUACACCACCUCCGUCUGGGACACGUUCGACAGGUAGAUCGGCUAGCACGAUAGCCAUUGUUCAGCCUAAACUUUCAAGCAGUGCACACCGUUUUAAUUCAAUGGUUCAGGAUUUCUUCGAAGAUGUAGGCCCACUUUUGAGUAUGCAGUUGGGCAGCUCCACAUUGGAUGGCCUUCUCAAAGUACUCAAUUCCUAUGUAAAUUUACUAAUUAAUGCCUUACCAGGCUCAAUGGAAGACGUCGAAAAUUUGGAAGGUUCAGCAAAUAAAAUUGUUAGAUUGGCAGAAACCGAAGUGCAACAGUUGGCUUUGUUGGCAAAUGCAUCUCUGUUAGCUGAAGAAUUGCUCCCACGAGCAGCCGCCAAGCUCAUUUCACAUUACCAGACCAGUGUGGCAGAUGAUUCUCGCAAAAAAAUGAGCGAUAGACAUAAUCGGUUGCCAGAACAAAGGGAAUGGAAGAGAAAAUUGCAGCGCUCUGUUGACAGACUUAGAGAUUCAUUUUGCAGGCAGCAUGCUCUAGAUCUUAUCUUCACAGAGGAUGGUGAAACACAUCUCAGCGCUGAAAUGUACUUAAGGAUGGAUGAUAGUCCUGAAGAACCAGAGUGGUCUCCCUCUCAAGUAUUCCUGGAGUUAUAUGCGAAGUUAAACAGGAUGUCUGCCAUAGCUGCUGACAUGUUUGUUGGAAGAGAACGAUUUUCAACAUUAUUAAUGAUGAGACUUACCGAAACAGUCAUACUAUGGCUAUCUGAAGACCAGAACUUCUGGGAAGAUAUCGAAGAAGGACCUCGACCUCUUGGCCCUCUUGGUCUUCAACAGUUCUAUCUGGACAUGCAAUUUGUUAUCCUAUUCGGGCAAGGUCGAUACUUAUCGAGGCACGUUCAUCAAGUUAUUGUUGAGAUCAUAGACAGAGCUAUGGCGGCGUUUUCAGCAACUGGAGUGGAUCCUGACAGUGUUCUUCCUCAUGAUGACUGGUUUAUUGAUAUUGCUCAAGAAAAUAUAAGUAGAAUAAGUGGGAAGGGGAGAAUGGGCAAUGGAGAGAGAGACCUCAACAGCCCAACAGCUUCAGUAUCUGCAAUGUCCAUGUCAUCAGUAAGAUCACAUGGAAGUUCCUGAUUCUGCAUUUUGCCCCUGUAUACUGAUCCCUGUAUAAUUAGUUUUGAUUUGUUUCAUUCAAUUUCUUCUGCUGCUGUGUUGCAUUUUUACCAUUAGGUCCUGAUUUAUUUUUUAUUUAGCAAUCAUGCUGAAAUUUUUCUUCUUUGUUAUGUCUGGAUCUGUAUAUGGUAAAUUUUCUGCAUCCAUUCUGAACACUGUAAAAUUCUUUGAACUGAGGACAUGAGAUCAUUGAUUUUCUGCUGCUGCAGACCGGUCUGUAAGAGGGGAAACUUGGGAAGGUUUGUUUUAUGAUUUUGAAAUUCUGUAGUGGGUUAUAAGGUAAUAUUAUUUAAGAAUUAGUUUGUGGUUUCUUUUCAUUA